AUGGGUGGCGCCUGCUCCUGUCGAGGUCGCGAUAGCCAGGUCAACGCUGGCUCGAUCCUUGACCGUGUGAUCAGCCAAGCGAGCGACGAGGACCAAUGUCUGCUGUACCGGCUGGCCAAUUACAAGAAGGGCGGCGAGCUGAUAGAGUCGUACAAUCUGGGUGGCCAGGCGGAAGUCGAAAAGUUGAUCAGAGAACAGUUCGGCAUCCUGAUGUACGCCGACGGCAAGGGCCAGGCGAUCAACCGUGCCGAGUACCUGCGUUGGAAAUUCCGGGAUCUUGAGCAGGUUGUGCUCCCUAUAGAGGCUUCCUUGUCACGGUUCGACCCUUUGGCUCAAUGGAACGAUCACGAGGCAUGUUGGCAGAUGCAAUAUAGAGGUUCGCUCGGAGAGACUCUCCUACAUGUUCUGAUUAUAUGCGAUACCAGGGUGCACACACGAGUAGCGCGUAUCCUGCUCAAGUGCUUUCCACGAUUGGCUAUUGAUGUUGUCGAGGGCGAGGAAUACCUUGGUGCCAGUGCUCUCCACCUAGCGAUCGCGUACAACAAUAACGAACUCGUGCAAGACCUAGUCGAGGCGGGCGCGAUCAUUUCUCAGCGUGCCAUCGGCAGUUUUUUCCUACCGCGGGACCAGCAGAGAAUGAACCCGGCCAGGAACACGGACUACGAAGGAUUGGCCUAUUUGGGGGAGUAUCCGCUCGCUUGGGCCGCGUGCUGCGCCAACGAGAGCGUUUAUAACUUAUUGCUCGACUCGGGCGCCGAUCCGGACGAGCAGGACUCUUUCGGGAACAUGAUCCUACACAUGGUGGUGGUUUGCGACAAAUUGGACAUGUUCGGCUAUGCCCUUCGUCAUCCGAAGCUUCCUGCUCGGAAUGGGAUCGUGAACGCUGCUGGCCUGACCCCGUUGACGCUUGCUUGCCAGCUGGGUCGCGCUGAGGUCUUUCGGGAGAUGUUGGAACUGUCUGCACGUGAAUUCUGGCGCUACAGUAAUAUCACCUGCUCGGCGUACCCCCUCAAUGCACUCGACACGCUGUUACCCGACGGCAGAACAAACUGGAACUCCGCGCUAUUUAUCAUUCUGAACGGCACGAAGGAGGAGCACUUGGACAUGCUGGACGGUGGUAUUAUUCAGCGAUUACUUGAGGAAAAAUGGAAGACCUUCGCGCGGUUACAGUUUUUGAAGCGAUUGAUAAUAUUGGCGUUUCACCUGACUUCGUUAUCCCUGGCCGUGUACAUGAGGCCCGCCAACAUGAGCACGUUAGUCCUAAAAUGGCCGGAGGAAAUAACGGAAGCGGUUCGUACGGUAACGGAGUGCAUCACCGUGAUAGGCGUGCUGGGCUAUAUUCUGGUGCAACUAGGCGGCGAAAUCAUCAACAUCGGUCUACUGUCGUUCCUGAAACAGUUGAGCCACGAGCCUGCCAAGCUCAUAUUCUUGAUCAGUAACCUGCUCAUUCUCGCGUGCAUUCCGUGCCGUUUUGCUGGCAACAGACACAUGGAGGACGCCAUUUUGGUGGUUGCUGUCCCCUGUUCCUGGUUCCUGCUCAUGUUCUUCGCCGGCGCUAUCCGGCUGACCGGUCCAUUCGUAACCAUGGUCUACAGCAUGAUAACCGGGGACAUGUUGACUUUCGGGAUAAUCUACAUGGUGGUGCUGUUCGGUUUUUGCCAGUCGUUCUACUUUUUGUACAAAGGCUUCCCGGGAGUGAAAUCAUCCCUCUAUAAUUCCUAUCACUCGACCUGGAUGGCACUGUUUCAGAUAACCCUCGGCGAUUAUAACUACACGGACCUCAGCUACACGACCUACCCAAACCUGGCCAAGACGGUGUUCGCCAUUUUCAUGGUGCUGGUCCCCAUACUGUUGCUGAACAUGCUGAUCGCUAUGAUGGGCAACACUUAUGCUCACGUCAUCGAGCAGAGCGAAAAGGAAUGGGUCAAGCAAUGGGCGAAAAUCGUGGUCUCCUUGGAGCGCGCGGUAUCGCAAAAAGACGCCCAGAACUAUUUGCAAGAAUACAGUAUUAAAUUGGGUCCAGGAGACGACCCGAACAACCCAGCGUCCGAACAACGCGGGGUUCUGGUUAUUAAAAGUAAAUCGAAAACCAAGGCGAAGCAACGCAAGGGCGCCAUGGCGAAUUGGAAGCGCGUCGGGAAGGUCACAAUAAAUGAAUUGAGGAAACGUGGCAUGACCGGCGAGGAGCUGCGCCGAAUAAUGUGGGGACGAGCGUCUUUCUCCACACCGGUUAGAGUAAGUAGGAACGUAGACGAACCGGAAAUUUCAGCGGUGACCGCUGGUUUCGGGGAUGCACUGACUACAGCUCUGGAUAUGAUGGCUUUUACCCAUGAUCUGGACUUGACCGCAGCCACGGAAGGGAUUCCGACCAAUAUCGAUGCGAAACAACAAUCGAAAUCGAAGACUCCGAAUAACGAUCAAACGAAACCGACUCCGAGUAAUCAAGAGAAAGUGUCGACGACGGUCGAACCACCGGCGAAACUAUCGAACGAGAUCGCGAACAAGCUACAGAACGACCGAACCGAUCUGAAUCUGAAGUCGAACGAGACUGCAAGCGUACAGAAAACAAACCUGAAAAUCGCGAGCCAUUCGACCACGGCCGAGGAUUUCCAGGAUCCUCUUUUGAAUCUUGUGAUUGCCUCCGAAAGUACGACUGAUCCCGAAACGUUACUGGAAAUAGCGCAACGUGCCGUGGCGAGCGUCGAAGCUCCAGCUAGCUCGAAAAUAAACCUGGAAAUUUUGGAGCAAUUCACUAUGACCAAGAUAACCGCCGACGAGCAACCAAUCGUCGCCAAGAAACAAUAUUUCGUCGAAUCCAGCGACAACGAUUUUGGCGGGGACAACUUGCUCGGAACCGAGGCACGUCUCCGCAGAAUAAGAUCAGCGAACAACAGAUUUAUCACGACGCGGAGGCGUUCACGGCACGGCGACGACGACCUGUCAUCUACGUCUUCCACAUCCGCCGACGGAAAUCCUCGAUACCAGCCGUUGCUCAACGAUCCCGAAGGGAAUCCGUCGAACCGUCAAAUUGAAGAUCGUGAUGCUACGGACGAAACAAUUAAAUCGCAAGUAAAGCAGAAUGGAACGUCGUCUGGGAGCAAGAUCCAAAAGCGUCGUCCGAAAACUGCUAAAAACAGGGUAUCGCCGAAGGAAAUCGAGGAGCCUGCACGGAGGAGAAGAGAAUCGAUCGAGCGGAAUAAGGCGGUUUCGCCACCGACGUCGCCCACGGAUCCGCUCGAGCCAUGGAGCACACGUGACAUUAAGGACAUGAACACGAUAUUGGCUUGGGAGGAAAAUGUGUCGGACAGUCCUUAACGAAACUUUACGAUAUUAUACGCAGCUCUGGUUGCCU